AUGCGAUCUUUCUUCUUGCUUUCCACCGCUGCGGCGCUGGCCUUCGCCACUCCAGUGCCCCAGCAACUGGACCUCAGCAUGGCCGAUGCCAUUCCUACACCUGAGAAUGUUACCGUCCCUUCUGACGUCUCGUCACAGACUGUGGAGUUUGAUAUCGAUGCCGCUCUGGAAGACGCAAUUGUCGCAGUACUCACUGACGACAACACCAUUGACGUCUCGGAAAGCACCGCUGACCCAAUCAACGGUACUACUCCUAUCCAAAAGCGUGCGGCUUGCUCCACUGUCGCACUUGGAUCUGGACCUACUCCAAGCCCCGAUACUGCAGCCGAUUUCUUGAAGCUCGCCAGCAUCUCGACUGCCGCCAAUGGCGCCAGCGCUCCGUCUGGCUACACCGAGUCUUUCAAGAACGUGAAGGCAGCUGCCAAUGCUUAUGGUUAUCUUGGAUUUACCACGCUCACUUCUUACAACGUCCAAACUUGUGCCGACAAGUGCGACAAGAUCAAUGGCUGCAACGCCAUCAAUAUCUAUUUCGAGAGAGAUCCUCAGACCGACCCAGCCAACGCCGAGUGCAAGAACAACAACCCCGCCAGCACUACAAACAUAAAGUGCAUUUUUUGGGGUGGUCCUGUUACCACAGAGAACUCGGUCAACGCUGGUCAAUGGCGCAGCAAGUUUCAAGUCGUCAUCGCUGGUGCCAAUGGCUAUGUGAAGAAUAGUAUCGCCACUCCCACAGGAUACUCUUCAUCAGCGUAUUACGGAGCUGCCUCCAUCGACGCUCCGAAGGACUGCAACGGACAAAGCACUUUCAUCACCUCGAAGGUCUUUACAGGCUCUCCUUUUGACGCUAGACUCUGCGCUGCUGCCUGCGAUGCUCAGAACAUCGACCAUGCCAAAACAGGUGCACAACAAUGCCGCUACUUCAACACCUAUAUUCUGUCUCGUAACAACGUUGCUCUCGGCCAAUACUGUAACCUCUUCACUCAAGCUUGGACUGCUUCUCAGGCCACUUACAAGGGCAUCACCAGCGGCGCAAACAAGUACACCAUUUCUUACAGUUUUGGUGUCUCCGCUUCGUCCGAUGCUGGCAACUGUAAUAAGGAAUCUUCUCCGCCAACCAGUGAUACUGGCAAGCCGCCUGUGACUGGCCCAUCGACUGGUGCUGAUGGGUUCAUCGACUGGAAGACCUUCAAGGCCAAUGGCGUCAACCUGGGUAGCUGGUUGGAGAAGGAAAAGAACCAUGACACAUUCUGGUGGAACAGUAUCAACGACGACCCUUCGAUCAUGGACGAAUGGAGCUUGUGUGCCUCACUUGGUGCUCAGUGCGGACCUGUUUUCGAGGCUCGUUACGGAUCGUACGUUACCAAAGCUGAUAUUGACAAGUUGGGAGCCGUCGGUGUCAACACCUUGAGAAUUCCAACCACAUAUGCCGCCUGGGUUAAGGUACCCGGAUCUCAGUUAUACUCUGGUCAACAGAAAACAUAUCUCAAGGCAAUCACAGAUUAUGCUAUCAAGACCUACGGCAUGCACGUCAUCAUCGGACUGCACUCUCUUCCUGGCGGCAUCAACAACCUCGACAUCGGCGAAGCCUUCUUCCACAAAGAAUGGUUCUACAACGAGACCAAUCUUGCCUACUCCUACCAAGCUAUCGAUGGCAUCCUCGACUUCAUCAAAGCCUCAGGAAAUCUCACCGCAUGGACAAUCGCCCCUAUUAACGAGGCCGGCGAUGAUCUCUCCAAAUUCGGUGGCCCUAACACUCUUUCGACCGCGGCAGCCGACUGGACAGGCAAGUACCUUAACGGAUGCCUUGAUCACAUCGCUAAGCUCGACAAACGCAUCCCCAUGAUGGUGCAAGAUAGUUUCAUGACACCCGGCGCGUGGUACAAAUACUUUGACGCCUCUGCCAACGUCGUCAUCGACACCCACGUCUACUUCUUCGCCGUCGCCGGUGCCUACUCCCAAUACACACCCGGCGCUGUAUGCGGACAGGCCAAGUGGAUCUCCAACUUUGACAAAUUCCCCAACUUUGUUGGCGAGUGGUCGUUGCAAAUUCGCUUCAACAACACCUUUUCUGACCGUGAGAACAACUUCAACGUACAGAGGUUUGCUUUUGACAAGUAUGCUUCUGGCGGCGCUUUCUGGAAUGUACAUUCGCACAGUGCUGCGGCUGUCAGUGGAGAGGGCACGCAGAGAGAUUAUUGGUCGUAUGUUGAUCUGAUUGAUCAGGGAGUCGUAAAGACUAUUGAUCCUUCUUAUGCAGGUUGUGAUGCUCUCUGAGCAGAUUCAGUGGACUGGGAAGUUGGAAUACACGGAUCGUCGAGCCUGGCCCCAAGUUAAAACGGAC